AUGGACAAAGCCACGGUGGAGAAGAAAUACAUGAAGAUAAUCAAGACAUGCGGCACGUUGUGUGGAAUUUGGCCGGAGCAGAAUAAAUUCUCGAAAUACGCCAUGCGAUCGUUUAUAUACAUAUUUGCAUCGACGUCGCUUUUCACGCAGGUAGCAAAUCUCGUGUAUUUCUAUAGCAUCGAUCUUCUGACGUGGCAGCUCUGUUUUAUGGUAGUGGUGAUCGGAAUCCUGGUGAAGCAAGGGAAUUAUGUUAUCAACAGUAAGCAACCAUCCUGUUUUCUCGGAUAUACGUUGGUAAGACAAGUCAAUAUUACUCUUGAAAAUUCAUGUCUUUUCACGACGCAAACUCGCUGUGUCAAUUCGCUGGUCGAUCAAUUUACAGGAUUUGGAUUCUCAUGUGCCACGCUAUCUUUCGUAGAGCCAUCGUUAAUGCCAAUUAUUUUGGACGUGAUUUUGCCCAAGAACGAGUCGCGGGAUAUCGUGUACUGUUUCCCAGCUUAUUACAUGAUCGACGAUCGAAAGUAUCGUACGUUGAUUAGCAUUCACAUGGUGUGCACGUGCUACGGAAUAUAUUACGUGUUCGCUGGCUGCGACGCGAAUUACAUGUUCAUUGUGCAGCAUGCUUGUGGACAGCUAGCAGUGGCUGGAUAUCGUUUCAAGAACGCGGUUUCAGAUUUGUCCAACGUCAAACAUCCGAGCGACGUAGAUAAGAUUUAUGAAAGGGUGCUCCAUUCGAUUCGAGGACAGCAGCGUGCUAUGAAGUUUGUACUGAAAUUGCCGGACGGAUUCCUUUGA